AUCGACAGUUUUAUCUGUAGUUUAUGUCAUGUAAUGUCAUGUGUACGGUGUGUUUCUAUCAGUAUUGAGAUAUAACAGUGAUUUAUUAUCAUUAUUUAAAAAUAAUUAUGAUUCCGUUUGUGAAAUUGUUGUACGUAUGUCUUGAUGUUUACAUUUGUAUAUGAGUCGGUAGCUCAAAAUAACGUAUAAGGAUUCGAUAAGCAUUGCACAAAUGGCUCGGCGAUUAAGCAACAAAGCAAAGCUGAAGUCACUGUUCACUGUGACGAGCAGUGCUGCUGUUCUGUUUGGCGGCAUUUCUCUUUAUCAAGGCAACGAAAGAUUUUAUAAUGAAAUUGCUAUACCUUUAGUUCAAUUGAUAGAUCCGGAAAUCGCUCACAACCUUGCAGUGAAAACGUUAAAAUAUGGUCUUGUGCCAAAGCAGAAAGCGGAGGAUCCUAACUUGCUUCGAACAACUGUACUAGGCUUGCAGUUUAAAAAUCCAAUUGGUAUGGCAGCAGGAUUUGAUAAACAAGGAGAGGCAGUAGAAGGAUUGCAUAAAAUUGGUUUCAGUUUUGUGGAGAUAGGUUCUGUGACACCGAAACCUCAGCCUGGUAAUCCAAAGCCUAGAGUUUUCAGAUUGCCAGAAGAUAAUGCAGUUGUAAAUCGAUAUGGAUUUAACAGUGAUGGACAUGAUGUUGUAUGGAAACGUCUUAAGAGAUUAAAGGAGAAUAAGAAUUUUAGUGGCAUUCUUGGGGUGAAUUUAGGAAAAAACAAGGAUACGAUAGAUGCAAUUCAAGAUUACAUUGAUGGUAUAAAGAGAUUUAUGGAUGUGGCAGAUUAUUUUGUUAUUAAUGUAUCUAGUCCUAAUACUCCAGGAUUAAGAUCUUUGCAAAACAAGAAGAAUUUGGAGGAAUUACUGUUUAAAAUAAAUGCAGCGAGGCAAUUGAUGGGUAGCAAACAACCGUUGCUUUUAAAACUAGCUCCAGAUUUGUCAGAUUCUGAGCGACAAGAUGUGGCAGAUAUAAUUUUGAACGAGAAAUCUAAAGUGGAUGGUUUAAUUUUGUGCAAUACUACUAUUACGCGACCAAAUUUGAUUAAUCCGAACAAGCAGGAAAGUGGCGGCCUCAGUGGUGCACCGCUUACAAAUCUUUCCACAGCUAUGAUAUCUGACAUGUACAGACGAACGCGUGGUAGGAUACCAAUUAUUGGUGUGGGUGGUGUUUUUUCUGGAUCUGACGUUUACAACAAAAUAAAGGCUGGUGCUUCUCUAGUGCAACUUUAUACGUCAUAUAUAUAUAAUGGACCACCAAUAGUUAGCAAGAUCAAAAGAGAAUUAUGUGAAAUACUUGAAACCAAUGGAUUUUCUUCUGUUACUGAUGCGAUCGGCAAGGAGGCUAAUAGAUAAACAUUUUAUAGUCC